UCCGGCGGUUUCUCCGCCAUCCUCCCCGCCGGCAGCGGGGCGGCGGCCGGGCUCCAUCCCUCGGGCUGCCGGCCGGGAGGCGGUGCGGCGGGCCGGAGGCGGCGCCUUAUAGGGCGGGCACGGAGGGAGAGGAGGCAGAGCCGGGCCGCUACCCUGGACAGCGCCUCACAUCCACGGCGCCAUGGAGCACCUGAAAGCUUUUGACCAGGAAGUAAAUGCAUUUGUGGACUAUAUGUUUGGACCUCGAGAUCCCAGAGUUAGAGGAUGGCUCCUUUUGGACUCUUACCUUCCCACCUUUUUCCUCACUGUUGCGUACCUGCUCUGCAUAUGGCUGGGCACCAAGUUCAUGAAGAAUAGGCAGCCUUUCUCUCUUAGGGCUCACCUCAUUGUAUAUAACCUUGGGAUUACGCUGCUCUCCUUGUAUAUGCUCAUAGAGCUCAUCCUUGCCACCUGGGAAGGAGGCUACAACUUGCAGUGCCAGAACCUCCACAGCGCUGGGGAAGCUGACAUCCGGGUAGCCAAGGUGCUAUGGUGGUAUUAUUUCUCCAAAGUAAUUGAAUUUGCAGACACUAUCUUCUUUGUACUGAGGAAAAAAAACAGCCAGAUCACCUUCCUCCACGUGUAUCACCAUGCCACCAUGUUUAACAUUUGGUGGUGCGUUCUGAACUGGAUACCUUGUGGGCAAAGUUUCUUUGGACCCACUCUGAAUAGCUUUAUCCAUGUGCUCAUGUACUCCUAUUACGGGCUGUCGGUCAUCCCUUCUAUGCGGAAGUAUCUUUGGUGGAAGAAAUACCUCACUCAGGCACAGCUGAUCCAGUUUCUGCUCACCAUUGCGCACACGCUCAGCGCAGCUGUAAAGCCGUGUGGGUUUCCCUUUGGCUGCCUCAUGUUCCAGUCUUCCUACAUGGCCACACUGGUCGUCCUCUUUGUUAACUUCUACAUUAAGACAUACCAGAAAGCACCUUCAAGAACAGCUGCAAAGGAAACCCCUGUCACAGCGGAAGUCAAGAAUGGAUUCCAUAAGAACUACUUUGCUGCUUCAAAUGGAUUCCUGGACAAUAAGAAAGCACAAUAAGUAUGGCACUUUCCUGGGAAACAAAACCGAAACAAAAGACUGAAUUACAGGCUUUAGCUUAAAACCUAUUUGAUUACACCUAUUGGUUAUUUCUACCAGACACUCAUUAAUUUACUGCUAUUUAAGUUUUAACAAAAUGAGUUUUAUUUGUCCUGUCAAAGAACACCAUCAGAACAAUAAGGCCAACAUUUUUCUCACAUGAAAAAGAAAAUAUUUCUGAUUUAUACUGCUGGCACAAGAAUGCCUUAUAUACCACUGAAUGGAAACAUUCCAAGUCUUCAAAAGGUUAGGGCUCUGCUAGGCUGGCACCUUGAGCACUUUCUCCUAUGAAGACAGGCUGAGGAAGUGGGACUUGUUUAGCUCAGAGAAGAGGAGGUGCCAAGGAGACCUUAUUGGGGCCUUCUAGUACUUGAAGGGAGCUGACUUCUUACACAGUCUGAUACUGAUAGGACAAGGGCAAAUGGUUCUAAACUAUAAAAGGAGAGAUAUAAGUUCAUUAUUAGGAAGGAACUCUUCACUAAAAGAGAGGUAAAGCACUGACACAGCUAUCCAGAGAGGUUGUGGAUGCCCUGUCACUGGAGGUGCUCAAGGCCAGGUUGGAUGGGGCCCUGGGCAGCCUGAGCUGGUGAGUGGCAGUUCUGCCCAUGGCAGAGGGAUGGAACUAGACGAUGUGUAAGGUCUCAUCCAACUUAAGCCAUUCUACGAUAAAUGUAUUUUGGAGUAAAUUGGAGGUCUGCAACUUAGAGAAGACAAGUACUGUGAGUGUAAAUGUGCACAGAGUUCCCACUUAAAUGGUUACAAAUUAAAAACAGCUUACGUUAGCUUUGGGAAGCUUCACUGUACCCUUUUCUAACCUGGCCCCUCUCAGAGUCUCUAACAAAGUAGUCACAACCUCUUGACCUUCCCCUUUUCCACAGUGAAAUAGCUGUGGGCUCCUCCAACCUAAUAGCGUAUUUAAAUUCUCACCACAAAAACCCCUUUGUGGUCACAACAGCCCUCCCAUCACCCUGCAGGGUCCCAGCAAGGAAGGAAAGAAACCACAAGUGCAAAGCCAUAGAAUAACAGAAUAUAGGAUAUGUUGAGUAAGAAAGGACCCUAAGCAAUCUGAAUGUUACUCAGAGACAUGGCUAAGGGGCAAGGUAGGGAGGGGCUGGCAGUUGCACUAGACGAUCUUAGAGUUCCUUUCCAACCUUAAUGAUUCUUUGAGUAUCAUUGAGUUUAACUCCUGACUCUAUAAAGAGCCACCCAAAAAUCAGACCAUGCCUCUGAGAGCCAGCACAGGGAACCAAACAGCAGCACGGACCCACGCAGAGAGGAAGCAUUCUACCAAGUCCUGCUCCUCUGAUCUUUCUCCAUGUCCCAGUCCAGUUUCCCCCUUGCACUGAUAUUAUAGUGUGGGGUCUUGGAGACAGUAGGCACAAAGGGAUGAAGUCUUAUCUCAGGACAAGAGGCUGACCAUCCAGCCUACCUGGGAAUAGCAUGCAUGGCUGCAGCAACAAUAAGAGCUUGUAGAGAGCAAGGAAAGGGCAUGAGGAAGUCAUAGAGGCUGGGGGAAGAACAGGCGUUUGACCAGCAGAAGCUUCCAACCUCUGCAAGUUGUCAGUUUGAUGCAAGAAGCACCACUAGAAGGCAUAAAGACAAAGAGUAUCGCAAGAACCAGGAAGGUAGAACACCAGGCAAGUAGCUGAACCAUUUGUCUAUGAAAGGCAACAAAUGAUUGUAUGUCCAAGCAUGGAUAUUAGACCAAAUGGAGUCCCUCUACCUUUUGAAGGCAAAGUAUUUAUCUACCAAUAUGGACAACAUAAGCAUUCUGAGAGUUAAAGUACAUUAUUGAAACAAACCUCACAGUAACUGAUCAUGUUUUGCUUAAACCUCAUUUAAAAAAUAAUAAUAAUAAAAUAAAUGCCUUACUUGAAGCUCGAAGGGCUAAGGAAAAACAAAACAACCAACCACGACCAAAACUGUCUCACCUUGCAGAUCCAGGCCAGCCAGGAAGGCUGGAAUCAGGUAUGUUUUAAAUCCUUCAGAUCUGUCUUAACAUCUUCAGAAUGCUGCAACUGCGAAGAAAAAGAAGCAGUGACUUUUUAAACCGGUUUUCCUGUAAAACAUAACACUGUAAAUAAACAAGUUUUAAUAUCA